ACUAAUAAUCCAGAGUGGGUUAGCGUCGGUGAGUAGACACGCGUGACUUGGGCCUGAUUGAAUUGCCUACUGCUGUUGGACAUAACAUCGCCUGUCUUGACUCCUUCAGUUUUUUUUAUUGUGUUGUGCUUGGUGUUUUGAAUUCGAACAAGGAUCGCCGUGUUCAAGUUUUGUUUUUGUUUAUGUUUGUGUCAUAAUAACAAAGUACAGCGAAUGUAACUAAUAACUUGAUCAAGUUUUUUGUUUCCUUCUGUUUUUAUCUCUCGCAAACAAUUGCGUUUGAGAACGCGGUGAGAGAUCUAGUGUGCUUCAUACAAGAUUUGUUGUAAAAAGUUUAUUCCUUUUGUUUUUUCUUACUGUGUGUGGGUGUUACCCUAAAAAGCAGUCAAAAUUCGGGUCAAAAACAGAGAACCAGUUCCAGUCUACCAGAUGGACCCCCACGACAGCGACGUGGAUGGGAGCAUGUCAAACAAUGACGAAGAGCUGAGUGAGGCGGAGUUGCAAGAUGAGGACAGCGAGGACGCUCUCUCUAGACUUCCGGUGGAGGACGUGGGCGACCCGGAGGUUCUAGCCAAGCUCAAGCAGCAGGAGCGAGAGGAACGCGAGGAGAUCGAGAGGGAAUUGAAGGCUCACGCCCAGUCACAAUCGCACCUUCAGGCUCCAUCCCCCAGACACAGCCCGCGGGAACAGCCUGCCACCCCGUCUCCCAACGUCAUGAUUCCACCCCCAGCCUUCUCCUUGCCACUGCCGUUUCCUUUUCCACACCCAUCGGCCGCCUUCCUGCCUCCCAUAAGCGCUGCCUCCGCAGCGCCUCCCAUCUCGGCCCCAACGCCCAGUUUCCCGCCGCCCUCGACAGCCGGCGCAACCCUUCAGAACUCCAUCUCCUCGGGGUCGUCACACUCCUCCGAGUCAUCCUCGUCCUCGCAGCAGACGUGGAGCUUCGAAGAGCAGUUCAAACAGUUGUACGAGAUAAAUGAUGAUCCCAGAAGAAAGGAAUUCCUGGACGACCUGUUCAGUUUCAUGCAGAAGCGGGGGACGCCCAUCAAUCGAUUACCAAUCAUGGCGAAGUCCGUCCUAGAUCUGUAUGAGCUCUACAACCUAGUCAUCGCCCGCGGAGGUUUAGUUGACGUCAUCAACAAGAAACUGUGGCAAGAAAUCAUCAAAGGACUUCAUCUUCCUUCGUCAAUCACAUCAGCAGCUUUCACGUUAAGGACACAAUACAUGAAGUACUUGUACACGUACGAGUGUGAGAAGCGACAGCUAAGCACGCCAGCAGAAUUGCAAGUUGCCAUCGAGGGCAAUCGCCGGGAGGGACGUCGGAGCAGUUAUGGUACAUAUUCCGAGAUGGUUCAGCGAAGUCCAGUGCCAAACCUGCCACCCGCCCACCCGUCUCAGAUGUCACCUCUGAGCCUGGUAACAAGCGGCAGGCCUGCUAUGAACGGCAACUCAAAUCACCAUCCUGCCUCGCAUCCACAACCACACGGACAGCCGCUGGUACCUGGUUCUGUUCCUGGAAUGGUUCCUUCAGAGUUUGAAACUAGGAUGAUGGUGGAUUAUGUCAAGUAUCUUCGUAAAGAGCUCAGCGGUUCUACAGCUGCUGGCAAUGGGAGCAGUAACAGACAAGGAUCAAGCUCACCUCCACCCUCAACUUCACCCCAAGACUCUGCCGCCCUAAAUGCUUUGGGCAUGUCCCGGCUUACACUGUGGAACCUCUGUAACAACAACACUUCUGUGGUACCACCCUCACAGGAGCCCCAGAGGGAAGCCCUAAAUCUGGAAGUACGGGAACAGCAAGCAAGGGCCCUACAGGAAUCUAUUGCAACCCGAGAAAGCGAUGAGUCUCUGGGCCCUCCUCCUCCCAAGAGGAUAAUGUCAUCAGAAGACAAUAUGAACAAGCACAGUGGAGUUGCAGGCACACAUAUAAAGAUAGCCAGCAGAGGAGAUGGGCGAGCCGGUAUCGACAACUCUUUAGUGGUGAGCAUGGAGAUUAAUGGUGUCAUGUACCAAGGUGUUUUGUUUGCACAGAGUGCAAGGACUCGCAUGACGUAAGAUCUUCUACAUGGCAUAAGAGACAUGACUUAGUAAUAUUGUUUUGUGCCUUCCUUCAUCCCCCACCACAUUUUUGGCACCCUCUGUAUGGCAGAAUUUAUGCAGACUGACAAUUCCAUUAUGAUCUGAACCAAAGGAUAUCAAUGGCAGGUCAUAGGUUGGUGCCACAUGACUGACUCAAGUUUGAUAAAAGUUGUACAUGCAUAGAGUGAGUGAGAGUAGUGUGAGUGUACUGUUAUAAAGUAGAGAUAUAUAUUAUAGUAAUAUAUAUCUGAUGAUACAUGGAGCAAUACUAUUAAAACUUGAGAUAGCAGUUUUUUAUAUGACUGUCAUUAUUUUUAUUUUACUUUUUUAUAAUCAAAAUUCAAAAAGAGACAUGAAUAGUUGAAAUAUUAGUUUUCUGAAAUGUACAAAGUUACUCCCCAAAUGCAGUUAAGGAUCCAGGGUAGUUAACUGAAGAUGAUAAAAUUCUUGGAAGAAAUGAUGACAUGUAAUUUCCUAUGGAUGUUCCAGUUUACAUGGUGAGGCUAACAAGAACUACAGAGUAAUAGUUACAUUAUUUAGUGCAUUUUGUGCAUAAUUUCCAUUAAUAUGUACUUACUUGCUAUUUGGCUCCAGUGUCCUCUAAGAUCUAGGCCUCAUUUAUGAGGAAUGUCAGCUCUUCACCUUUAUUCGUCUUUUGCCUCAAUGUCUUUGCUAUAAUUUCUUAUGAAGUAUUCUGCGCAUCUUCCAGCCUCCUUGAUCUGGGCCUUCCCAUAUUAAUCUUUAUAGUAGUUGUAAAAAUUCUCAUAGCCAUUCUUGUUUGAUUCAUUCCAAUUGUAUGCCCCAAUCACUUCAAUCUUCUGCUUGUAAUAUGUGCUGCCAGAUAAGGGGUUAUGUGUAAUUCCUUAGUUCUGUUUCUCCAAAUCUCUUGUUCUGUUUCUGGUCCAUACAGCUUUCUCAGAAUUUUCCUUUCCUGUUUGUUUAACAUAACUAUAUCCUUUUUAGUCACAGACACACAAAUAUUUAUCACAGCUGGUUUCAACUUUGUUUUAAUCCAGUUUCUGAUUAUGGUAAAUUUGUUAGAUAUAAUCCUAAAGUUUCACACCAUCAUCAAGUUUGCAGUUCUUGUCAUGUAAGUCACGAUUUCACACAAAAUUCACAAAUACUUCUUUGAUCUAUCUUUGUACAAAAUUUCACAUGCAUAUCCAUAGUAAUUGAUUGGUUACAGUGCAGUUGUUACGGUUUUAAGGGGCUAUCAUUUUUGCCAUAUUUAACAUGGCUCAGAUUGCUUCAUUGCACAUGUUAAUUGCUAUCAAGUGUAACUUAACCCCAUCCCCUCUAUGUCAUUAAUGUAAUUGCUUAUCUGCACAUUAUGCUAUCCAUACUCAUAUAUCCAUAUGAUUUUCAAUCAAAAAGACAGUGAUAUUAACAAGAGUUUCGUUAGUAAGAUUUUAAGGAUACCCAUGAGUUGCAUAAUGAAGAAAACUUGAAUAAUUGCAUAAACUUUAAAAAUUACAUUAUAGGUUUGAUCAUCUCCAGUAAUGUACCAACCAAAUAUUUUUAAUAUGAAUUCAGAACAAUUCAAAAUAUGUGAACAUUUUUAGCCAAAACACUGUAUCAGAAAGGAGUGAAGAGGCAGACUCUUAGGUAAAUUAGCAAAUUAUUAAAACAUCUGAUACAUUUCAUAAUGGACCUCUUCUGUUAAGUGCAGCAUGUUGAAUCUGUAUUCCUUGUCCCGUCAAACGUUCUUCAUUGUCACAGGUGUUACACCACAAUUGAAAACAAUGGCAAUACCAUUUGUUUACGUUGAGUGCAAUGAAUAGUCUAUGAGACAAUAAUGAAAAGUUGAUUAUGGUUUUCUGGGCCAUGAUGCCAUGUGGUAAAUAGAUGUCAACUUUUCAGAAAAACCUGUUGCCUUCUUCUUCAACUUUUCCAUAUACAUUUAAUUUAAUGUCCUUUUGUUUGUUUUGAUUUAUGAAUGAAUGUUGCUGGUACAAUGUACCAUGUAGUACCUCCAAUUUUAUGUACUUUUUAAGAUAUCUAUAACAUUUUAACCACUUUGGUUCAUUCAUAUCUUUUUUACUUCCCCUUACUUACAUGAAGUUGCCUGUAUUUUUAAUGCUUUAGUUUAAAUUUGAUGACAUAUUGCCAGUCCAUUGACUUACUAACUGCAGCACUGUCAUUCUUCAUAGAUACAACAUGUGGAAGAUUGCCAUUGAUUUUCAAUUUCAUGAACAUUUUUGUCAGAUUUUAAUUGUUUAGUAACAAAGAUAUAUCCCAUACCUGUUGGCAUAAGUUUGUUUCUACUGAAGGGAACUUUUUAUGUAAGUUGGUUAUUUAACAAUGCUAUCAGUAUUGCGUCUGUGCAGUGUCGAUAUGAUUAAUGAAUAUGGAGAAGUUGGUGGAAUGGAAUUGGUAGUGGAAACUAAAGUACUUGGAGAAAACCCAAGAAAAGCCAACCCUGUGCUACUUGUCCACCAGAAGUCCCACAUCAAACAUGGCUGGUGGAAAGCCAGUUACUAUGAAACAGUCACAGUGGGCUGUUACAUAUAAAUACCAGAGAUGUCACAUAAGGGUUCUAUAAACCUUUAUGUUAAUGAUUCAUUCAGGCUCACAGUUUUUAUUCUGCAUCAUUAUUUAUUUUAUUUUAUGAUUAGUUGUGAUAUUUUGGAUCAAACCCGGCACCUGUUGAAUACCAGAAUAGUAAAUGCCCCCUCUUACAGUGCAGUUAGUAUAUUGCUGCCACAAUCUUGAAAUAUACAUGAAGUUCUUGGAAGAACUAAUUGCCUACCUUCCUUUGUUAUGGCAUAGACUACAUAGAAAACAAUUCUUGUAUUGUUGCAUGUGUAUUUAUUGCCAUUGCCAUGCAUGUUUACCAAGCUAUUGCCUGGCAGCAAAGGGGGGGGGGGGUACACACAGAAAAGUGCCUAAGUAUUGUGUAUAUCUUGGUUAGUGAACAAAGCUCAACAUAUUAUUGGGAUAAUGUCAAAUAAGGAGAGCUGAUCUAGCUGAUACAGAUGCAGGCAUUAUGUCUUACCUUCUGUCCAUAUAAUUAAUCUUUGCUCUAUACAACCUAAUCUAUUUUCAUUGCUUUCUGAAGGCAGUAUAAAAAGGUAAUAUAGUAGAGUAACAUUUUCUUCCACACACACUACACUGGAUCCGUUUCUGUUUCAUAGGUAGAUUUUCUGUUAAAAUUUAUAAAGUUCUCCUUUUUUAUGCAGUAUGAAGCUGUAACUAGGUAUCACACUUCAUUCAUUAAUGGCAUAUUCUUCAAGUAAGAGUGAACAACGAAGUACCAGUAGUAUUCAACAUACCUUUUAAAAUCAUUAUUAGUGGUAUUUAUAUAUGUAAAUAAUAUACUGGACAAAUGUCAAUAUGAUUUACCAAUUGUCAGUAUUUUUUCUGUAGUCAUUAAUUCAUUUCUAUAUUCAUUAUAUUAACUUUUUAUGAUAACAAUCAAUAUCAGUAAUUCACUUUAAAAUGAUGCAUUAAUAUUCACAUACAAGGAAGUGUAAUAUUUAUUCACAUCACAUAUACAGCUCCCUUCCAGAUGCAUUAGACCCUGGGGUUUCCUCAGCCGCUAACAGAAAUGAGUACCAGGAAUUAAUUAAAUAAUUUUCCUGGGGAGUAAAGCGCGGCCAGUG